AUACAUGCAUGAGAUUUUUUGUAUUCCCCCCCAUGGAUGCUCUGUUUCAGUUACUGAAAACCUGACAGCAAAACCUGAAAAGACGGAAACUCCCCGAUUUUUGACUUGAGAUGAGCUCGGUUAGGAAGGGAGAUGGCCGGGAGAGAGGACGGCGGCGGAGGCACCGGCGCCAUGGAAGAAGGGCGCGACGCGGGGCGGCAGGCAGGGGACGAGAGCUCAGAGGAUGGAGGCGGUGGCAGCGACAGAUGCAGCAGCGGCAGCGACAUGAUCUCCGUCCAGUUCAUGCAGAAGAUUAUCGCGGAGAUCCUGGGGACCUACUUCAUGAUCUUCGCCGGCUGCGGCUCAGUGGUGGUGAACCUGAGCACGGCGGGCACGGUGACGUUCCCGGGCAUCUGCGCCGUGUGGGGGCUGGUGGUGAUGGUCCUCGUCUACUCCGUCGGCCACAUCUCCGGCGCGCACUUCAACCCCGCCGUCACCGUCGCCUUCGCCACGUGUGGGCGCUUCCCCUGGAAGCAGGUGCCGUCGUAUGCUGUGGCCCAGGUGCUGGGAUCGACGCUGGCCAGCCUGACGCUGCGCGUGGUGUUCGGCGGCGCCACGGCGCGCGAGCACUUCUUCGGGACGGCGCCGUCGGGGUCGGACGCGCAGGCGGUGGCGCUCGAGUUCGUCAUCUCCUUCUACCUCAUGUUCGUCGUCUCCGGCGUCGCCACCGACAACAGAGCGGUAACCACCGACAUCACCGUCGAUCCGUCCGUCUCAGUUCGUUCGACGGAGCUGAUGCUUUGGCGAUCGUGCUCGCGCAGAUCGGGGAACUAGCUGGGCUCGCCGUUGGCGCCACCGUCCUGCUCAACGUGCUCUUCGCCGGGCCCAUUACGGGCGCGUCCAUGAACCCGGCGCGGACCUUGGGCCCAGCAAUCGUGGCAGGCCGGUACAGGAGCAUCUGGGUGUACGUGGUUGGGCCGGUGUGCGGGACGGUGGCGGGCGCGUGGGCCUACAACCUGGUCCGCUUCACCGACAAGCCGCUGCGCGAGAUCACCAAGAGCGGCUCAUUCCUCAGGAGCGCGCGCAUCACCGGCUAAACUAACAGCUAGCGCGCCUGGCUGGCAAUGCUUCCAACGGAUUUGCUGCUACAAGUACCCAACAAAGAAAAAAAUUGUUCUACUACUAAUAUGUUCGACCCGAUUUUUAAAAUUGUUUUUGGGUGAAAAAAGUAUCCAGAAUUCAUUUGUUUGCCAGCUUAAAUUGCACCGUGAGGAUUUUGCAUUAUAAAUAUAUAAUGCGUCAUCGCAAAGAGCAAACAUUUUCCUUUUCUUUUCGGUAUGUAGAAAUAUAAGCUAGUACAAAGACUGGGUACAUUACUCCUAGCACUAGCAGCAAAGGAAUAUAUGGGAUCCCACUUGGCCACUUUCAGGGAA